AACACUUCUUUGGAUAGUUUCGGAGAAAAGGACUCAAAGAAUGACAGGAAGAUUAAGAAACAGUUGACACAAGAAGGGGUUCAAGUGAUCGCAGAAUUAAUAUCACAUUUGAAUUCAAAUAAACAAUUGGUUAAAAGUAAGUUAGAUAUCGAUAAAGAAGAUCAGGAAUUAUUGGAAUCCAUUGAAAGCGCUGUCGAUUUGGAUAAGUUUUUUGAGGAAAAGAAGUCUAAAGUGAAGGACAAGUUGUGGCGAACGCCGUAUGCAUUCAAACAAAGGAACGAUAAGAAUGUGAGCGACUUAUCGGCCAAUGGUUUGCAUUCUGUGAACAGAUUCGGUGAUGGAGUGAACGACGGCUGCAAUGUUUCACUGAGUUUGGCGUCAAAGGGACGCAGUUUUGGUGAUGUUUUCCAAAAGACAUUGGAAUGGAAUGACAUCAUAGAAGAAGCCGAUCAUGUAUUGCAUGAGUUUGAAAAUGUCAAGAAAGGCAGACGAGCCCGAAGGGGGUCUCUUCUUCAGCCGCGGUAUAUCUUUCUGAGUCCACAUCCGGAGAUCACUUACGAAAGAGUCCUCCAAAGCGCUAAUUGUCUUCCGCUGAGGGCCUGGACUUCAGAGUUGUUUCUUGAAUCUAAAGAGAGCUCCAAAUUAUUAGACUCAGAGAAUAAGCGGAAUCUGAAAUGGAACGCUUCUCUCGAAGACUUCAGACACCUGUUAUCACCAGAACUCAGCCAUUUUGGUAAUGAUGUCUAUUCUAUGCUGAUUCAGGCCAAGAGACGAGCGAGUCUUUGUCCGCCACAACUGGACACUGAAUCCAUACCAUUCCGACGGAACAGUUAUCGUAAUGGAGAGGUUUGGACGCCAAAUGACUCCAAGAAUCAUAAAAAGAAAGAUUACGUUCAAAAGCUUGAAGUUAUUCGACAAAACUCUAAUUUUAGUUCAACAAAUACGAGCCCAGAAUUAGUGACAAAAAAGACAGCGAACACAUUGUUAACGGUUCCCAAUGAUAGCGAUUUAAAACAUAUGAAAAAGAAAAGCAUUGAUUAUAAGCGGAAUAUUAGCAACGAAUCGAUUGAAUUCAUUAACAUUGAAAGCAUGAGUCCAAAAGUAGUGGCAAACGAAUUAACACUAAUCGCGAGGCAAUUGUUUUUGUCGAUGAAAAGCACAGAAAUUAUAGCUCUAUUGAUUCGUCCGCAUUCUAUAAGCCCUGACUCGUGCUCUAAUAUUGCGGCGCUCUUAGGCUUUCAAAAACGACUCAUUCAAUUAAUUCCAAGUUAUAUAUUGAAAGUGAUUGAUAACCAAAUAUGUGCCCAAAGAAUUGCUUACUUUAUAGAGGUGGCCAAAGAAUUAAAAGCACUCGAGAACUGGCAUUCAGUAUAUUCUGUUAUAUUAAGCCUUCAAAGCCCUCCAAUCGCUAGACUACGAGAAUGUUGGCGCAUAGUAUCCGACGACUUCUCCGACAGUUAUUGUGAAUUUAUUGAAAUAUCCGAACAAAUCAAGAGAGAAGCCGAACCUCUCGCCCAUUCUUCGCCUUCCAUUCCUCUAUUCGAUGAAUUUAUAGACGAUCUAAAAGAAAGAUGUGGUGCGAAGUACUUAGAGAUCAAAACACACCGUUUGCGCAGCCAUUGGUCCACAACAGACACGAUAGCCGUUUGGGUGGACAAAGAAAUCGACCACUUGAUAGGUGUGGCCAAAGACAAGAAGAAGAUACAGAAAAAAGUGGAAAAUAUUCGUAAAUCAUCGGUUGAAAUGAGACCUAAAAAAAGCAUUUUAAAGAAAUUAAUGAGAAGAAGAAGUAUUAGUAGUAAAGAAGUGUCCGAUUCUCUGAGCACAGGCACUGACAGUCGAAAUGAUUCGAUCGCAUCAUUGAAUACCGAAAAGUUAAAACUCAGAUUAAUGCACGAAAAGGGUAUAAAGCCUUCGUUUAAGAACAUUUGGUCCGUCGCUGACAUUCAACGACUUCGAGAUUUCGAAGAGAAAGAAAUUCUGGAAGAGAUUGUGAGAGGACUUGUCGUCUAUCAGAGAAAAGCAAACGACUAUCACUUAAAUGAAUCAAAUCAAAGCGUCAGAGACUUUCUUUUAUUACAGCCCUAUAAAGAACUGGAUGACUGUCUCAAGAGAUCCUAUUUAUUAGAAGCAAAGACUCUCAAAAAGACAUCAAAUCAAUUAAUACCAGCCAAUUAAAUAAACAAACUGUACUCGGUUGUUGUAUAAACAUUUAAAUAUCA